AUGACACUGCAGCAGAAAGGGAGUGCUACUGCAAGGAGGCGAGGAGAGGAGAGCACAGCGUUCAGAGCUUUGGAGGCGGAGGAGGUGCGCAGGCAGGGCCAUCGCAUGGUGGAGUUCAUUGCGGACUACCUGCAGGGCGUGGCGGAUAGGCCCGUGUGCUCCACCGUGCGGCCGGGCUAUCUGCGGCCUCUGCUGCCCGCCCACGCCCCCGAGCAUGGCGAACCACUGGAAGCCAUUCUCUCAGACAUAUCGAGCGCCGUCCUACCGGGUCUAACGCACUGGCAGAGCCCAUCAUUCUUCGCCUUCUUCUCCUCGCCCACCAGCGCCGCCGCCAUCUGCGCUGACGCCCUCAUCAGCGCUCUCAACGUGGUGGGCUUCUCCUGGGCCGCCGCCCCUGCUGCCACGGAGCUGGAAGAGAUUGUGAUGGACUGGAUGGUGGAUCUCCUGGGGCUUCCAGAUGGGUUCCACUCGGUGAAGUCAGGCGGACGCGGCGGGGGGGUGAUUCACGGCACGGCCAGUGAGGCGCUGCUGGUGGCGCUGCUGGCCGCCAGGCGGAGAGCCCUCGACCGCGUGGUGGGGCAAGCUGGCAGCAUGGAGGAACCGGCUUCUGUUGCUGCUGCAGCAGCAGCAGCAGCAGCAGCAGCCAGCAGGCAGGCUGCUCAGGAGAGGAAACUCGCAGCCGAGGAGCGGCUUAUAGCGCAUCUUAACGAGGUGGAGAGCAGGCUUAUAUGGAGGAUACUCUCGACACGGAAUGGCAGGCAGGGCUGCUAUAGGAACGUAGUGACGUCACAGGAGGACGAACGGGCGGCAGUGGAGGUUGGCCAUGGCGGUACCACCGGCACUGCUGGUAUGGAUGUGCGGGGCGACUCUGCUGGUGUGGAUGUGCGGGGCGACUCUGCUCCCACGUUUCCAUGGGGCAGCGUGGAGGACAGGGCAGCGCAGCGCCUCGUGGCGUAUGUGUCGGACCAGACGCAUGCAUGUGCACUCAAGGCGUGCCGCGUGGCCGGCAUGCCCGAGGGCAACGUGCGAGUGCUGCCCACCACCGCUGCAUCCGCUUAUGCUCUCACUCCCCUCCAGCUGUUGGAAGCGGUGCAGAGGGAUGAAGCAGCCGGCCUCAUUCCGUUCUUCCUGGUCCUCACUGUAAGUGGACGGCACUUGGUUCCCUUGUUCACCGCCAAUGUCAGUGGUGCGUGGCCGCAUGUGCACAUGAGCUUCACUUCCUUCAUCACCCGUGCUCGUCUCGCCCUCAAGUUUGCCGAGCUAUCGCCGCCAGAGACCACGGCAUGCCACUGGAAUGUGGUGUGCAGUGGCACUGGUAUGGGGUGUGCAGUGGCACUGGUAUGUGGUGUGCAGUGGCACUGGAAUGUGGUGUGCAGUGGCACUGGAAUGUGGUGUGCAGUGGCACUGGUAUGUGGUGUGCAGUGGCACUGGAAUGUGGUGUGCAGUGGCACUGGUAUGUGGUGUGCAGUGGCACUGGUAUGUGGUGUGCAGUGGCACUGGAAUGUGGUGUGCAGUGGCACUGGAAUGUGGUGUGCAGUGGCACUGGUAUGUGGUGUGCAGUGGCACUGGUAUGUGGUGUGCAGUGGCACUGGUAUGUGGUGUGCAGUGGCACUGGUAUGUGGUGUGCAGUGGCACUGGUAUGUGGUGUGCAGUGGCACUGGAAUGUGGUGUGCAGUGGCACUGGUAUGUGGUGUGCAGUGGCACUGGUAUGUGGUGUGCAGUGGCACUGGAAUGUGGUGUGCAGUGGCACUGGUGUGUGGUAUGCAGUGGCACUGGAAUGUGGUGUGCAGUGGCACUGGUAUGUGGUGUGCAGUGGCACUGGUAUGUGGUGUGCAGUGGCACUGGAAUGUGGUGUGCAGUGGCACUGGUAUGUGGUGUGCAGUGGCACUGGAAUGUGGUGUGCAGUGGCACUGGUAUGUGGUGUGCAGUGGCACUGGUAUGUGGUGUGCAGUGGCACUGGAAUGUGGUGUGCAGUGGCACUGGUAUGUGGUGUGCAGUGGCACUGGUAUGUGGUGUGCAGUGGCACUGGUAUGUGGUGUGCAGUGGCACUGGUAUGUGGUGUGCAGUGGCACUGGUAUGUGGUGUGCAGUGGCACUGGAAUGUGGUGUGCAGUGGCACUGGUAUGUGGUGUGCAGUGGCACUGGUAUGUGGUGUGCAGUGGCACUGGAAUGUGGUGUGCAGUGGCACUGGUAUGUGGUGUGCAGUGGCACUGGUAUGUGGUGUGCAGUGGCACUGGAAUGUGGUGUGCAGUGGCACUGGUAUGUGGUGUGCAGUGGCACUGGUAUGUGGUGUGCAGUGGCACUGGUAUGUGGUGUGCAGUGGCACUGGUAUGUGGUGUGCAGUGGCACUGGUAUGUGGUGUGCAGUGGCACUGGAAUGUGGUGUGCAGUGGCACUGGUAUGUGGUGUGCAGUGGCACUGGAAUGUGGUGUGCAGUGGCACUGGUAUGUGGUGUGCAGUGGCACUGGUAUGUGGUGUGCAGUGGCACUGGUAUGUGGUGUGCAGUGGCACUGGUAUGUGGUGUGCAGUGGCACUGGAAUGUGGUGUGCAGUGGCACUGGUAUGUGGUGUGCAGUGGCACUGGUAUGUGGUGUGCAGUGGCACUGGUAUGUGGUGUGCAGUGGCACUGGUAUGUGGUGUGCAGUGGCACUGGUAUGUGGUGUGCAGUGGCACUGGUAUGUGGUGUGCAGUGGCACUGGUAUGUGGUGUGCAGUGGCACUGGAAUGUGGUGUGCAGUGGCACUGGUAUGUGGUGUGCAGUGGCACUGGUAUGUGGUGUGCAGUGGCACUGGUAUGUGGUGUGCAGUGGCACUGGUAUGUGGUGUGCAGUGGCACUGGAAUGUGGUGUGCAGUGGCACUGGAAUGUGGUGUGCAGUGGCACUGGUAUGUGGUGUGCAGUGGCACUGGUAUGUGGUGUGCAGUGGCACUGGUAUGUGGUGUGCAGUGGCACUGGUAUGUGGUGUGCAGUGGCACUGGUAUGUGGUGUGCAGUGGCACUGGUAUGUGGUGUGCAGUGGCACUGGAAUGUGGUGUGCAGUGGCACUGGUAUGUGGUGUGCAGUGGCACUGGUAUGUGGUGUGCAGUGGCACUGGAAUGUGGUGUGCAGUGGCACUGGUAUGUGGUGUGCAGUGGCACUGGUAUGUGGUGUGCAGUGGCACUGGAAUGUGGUGUGCAGUGGCACUGGAAUGUGGUGUGCAGUGGCACUGGUAUGUGGUGUGGUGUGCAGUGGCACUGGAAUGUGGUGUGCAGUGGCACUGGAAUGUGGUGUGCAGUGGCACUGGUAUGUGGUGUGCAGUGGCACUGGUAUGUGGUGUGCAGUGGCACUGGAAUGUGGUGUGCAGUGGCACUGGAAUGUGGUGUGCAGUGGCACUGGUAUGUGGUGUGCAGUGGCACUGGAAUGUGGUGUGCAGUGGCACUGGAAUGUGGUGUGCAGUGGCACUGGAAUGUGGUGUGCAGUGGCACUGGUAUGUGGUGUGCAGUGGCACUGGUAUGUGGUGUGCAGUGGCACUGGUAUGUGGUGUGCAGUGGCACUGGUAUGUGGUGUGCAGUGGCACUGGUAUGUGGUGUGCAGUGGCACUGGAAUGUGGUGUGCAGUGGCACUGGUAUGUGGUGUGCAGUGGCACUGGUAUGUGGUGUGCAGUGGCACUGGAAUGUGGUGUGCAGUGGCACUGGUAUGUGGUGUGCAGUGGCACUGGAAUGUGGUAUGCAGUGGCACUGGAAUGUGGUGUGCAGUGGCACUGGAAUGUGGUGUGCAGUGGCACUGGUAUGUGGUGUGCAGUGGCACUGGAAUGUGGUGUGCAGUGGCACUGGAAUGUGGUGUGCAGUGGCACUGGUAUGUGGUGUGCAGUGGCACUGGUAUGUGGUGUGCAGUGGCACUGGUAUGUGGUGUGCAGUGGCACUGGUAUGUGGUGUGCAGUGGCACUGGUAUGUGGUGUGCAGUGGCACUGGUAUGUGGUGUGCAGUGGCACUGGAAUGUGGUGUGCAGUGGCACUGGUAUGUGGUGUGCAGUGGCACUGGAAUGUGGUGUGCAGUGGCACUGGUAUGUGGUGUGCAGUGGCACUGGUAUGUGGUGUGCAGUGGCACUGGAAUGUGGUGUGCAGUGGCACUGGUAUGUGGUGUGCAGUGGCACUGGUAUGUGGUGUGCAGUGGCACUGGUAUGUGGUGUGCAGUGGCACUGGUAUGUGGUGUGCAGUGGCACUGGUAUGUGGUGUGCAGUGGCACUGGAAUGUGGUGUGCAGUGGCACUGGUAUGUGGUGUGCAGUGGCACUGGAAUGUGGUGUGCAGUGGCACUGGAAUGUGGUGUGCAGUGGCACUGGAAUGUGGUGUGCAGUGGCACUGGUAUGUGGUGUGCAGUGGCACUGUGGCACUGGUAUGUGGUGUGCAGUGGCACUGGUAUGUGGUGUGCAGUGGCUCUGGAAUGUGGUGUGCAGUGGCACUGGUAUGUGGUGUGCAGUGGCACAGGUAUGUGGUGUGCAGUGGCACUGGUAUGUGAUGUGCAGUGGCACUGGUAUGUGGUGUGCAGUGGCACUGGUAUGUGGUGUGCAGUGGCACUGGUAUGUGGUGUGCAGUGGCACUGGUAUGUGGUGUGCAGUGGCACUGGAAUGUGGUGUGCAGUGGCACUGGUAUGUGGUGUGCAGUGGCACUGGAAUGUGGUGUGCAGUGGCACUGGUAUGUGGUGUGCAGUGGCACUGGUAUGUGGUGUGCAGUGGCACUGGUAUGUGGUGUGCAGUGGCACUGGUAUGUGGUGUGCAGUGGCACUGGAAUGUGGUGUGCAGUGGCACUGGUAUGUGGUGUGCAGUGGCACUGGUAUGUGGUGUGCAGUGGCACUGGAAUGUGGUGUGCAGUGGCACUGGUAUGUGGUGUGCAGUGGCACUGGUAUGUGGUGUGCAGUGGCACUGGAAUGUGGUGUGCAGUGGCACUGGUAUGUGGUGUGCAGUGGCACUGGUAUGUGGUGUGCAGUGGCACUGGUAUGUGGUGUGCAGUGGCACUGGUAUGUGGUGUGCAGUGGCACUGGAAUGUGGUGUGCAGUGGCACUGGCAACAGAGCGCGACCACGUGGUGGACUACAAGGACUGGGAGAUCCCCAUCGGCCGCCGCUUCAGGUCGCUGAAGCUGUGGAUGGUGCUGCGCACAUACGGGGCGGAGGGCAUCCGCGCGUACAUCAGGCGCCACGUGGCACUUGCUGAGUGGUUCGAAGAGGCCGUGCGGCAAGAUGAGCGGUUCCAAGUGAGCUGGAGUGCACUAUGCCUUCACUCUCUGGAGUGCACUAUGCCUUCACUCUCUGGAGUGCACUAUGCCUUCACUCUCUGGAGUGCACUAUGCCUUCACUCUCUGGAGUGCACUCUGCCUUCACUCUCUGGAGUGCACUCUGCCUUCACUCUCUGGAGUGCACUAUGCCUUCACUCUCUGGAGUGCACUAUGCCUUCACUCUCUGGAGUGCACUAUGCCUUCACUCUCUGGAGUGCACUAUGCCUUCACUCUCUGGAGUGCACUCUGCCUUCACUCUCUGGAGUGCACUCUGCCUUCACUCUCUGGAGUGCACUAUGCCUUCACUCUCUGGAGUGCACUAUGCCUUCACUCUCUGGAGUGCACUAUGCCUUCACUCUCUGGAGUGCACUCUGCCUUCACUCUCUGGAGUGCACUCUGCCUUCACUCUCUGGAGUGCACUAUGCCUUCACUCUCUGGAGUGCACUAUGCCUUCACUCUCUGGAGUGCACUAUGCCUUCACUCUCUGGAGUGCACUAUGCCUUCACUCUCUGGAGUGCACUAUGCCUUCACUCUCUGGAGUGCACUAUGCCUUCACUCUCUGGAGUGCACUAUGCCUUCACUCUCUGGAUGCUUCACUUGUGCUGA